AAACAAUAUCAAUGCACACACUGUCUCAAGAAUUUCAGUCGCCCCAGUGCUUUACAAACUCACACUUAUACACAUACGGCAGAGAAACCAUUCCAGUGCACAAAAUCUGGCUGCGGUCGUAAAUUUUCCGUAGUGAGCAACUUGCGUCGACACUUGAAGGUGCACCAAAAA